AUGCUUGAGCAGAAAUACAUCCAGCUGUUGGAGCGGAGGGUGGCGGAUCUAGAAGCACAAUUGACGUUAGGAGUAACGGAUGAUAAAGUGAUGAACUUUGGGACGCCUACCGUAGAGGUGACGGUAGGACCAGUGCUCUGCAAGGCCCUAUAUCACGAACUAGUAAACUCACACUCCUACGAGGCCAAUGGAAAACCCUCCAAAAAGGAGGACUCCACCAAGAUAGUAUCGGACGGAGAUGAUACUGAUGACAAGGCACCAUCGGACAACGAGCGUUACAGGAUUGUGCUGAACUCGCUCGACCCCGAAACGGGUGAAUAUGUCGACAAACCCCCAGCCACGGCAAAGUCAACAAUGGAUACUCGAAAGUCUAAUCGAGCAUUUACCUUUCGGAAAAUUAUGAGGACGGCAACCAAUCGAGGGGAAGAAGUCUUCAAGUCCGAAGGCUCCGAGGUAGACAUUGAAUCUGAGCCACUCCAAAAGCUCUUGGCCAAAGUUACCUACAAGUACAAUAAAACGGCCAAGAUUACCCUUUUGGAGUCUCCUUUUCCAGAACUUAUAUGGUCCUGGGACGAUGCCCAAGCCAAGAGCGACAUAUCUGAGAAUCAAGGAGAUGACACCGAAGAGACUAAGCAAGCGCGCAAGGAUUUGAAAGCAUUGCUGAACCUAAUCUCCAAAUCUUCCGGCAACGAAGCACUCGACCGGUACCUCAAGACCAAGGAUUCGAUGCGAGAGAAUCGAAACAUCACUUUUGAGUCUUUGUGGACCCUUUUCCCCAAGGGAUGUCUCAUGUUGGCAAGGCCCUUUCUCGACGAGCCCCAAGUCUUUCUUGUUCAGGAAUGCAACCCCCCGGAAAACGAUGACCCAGAUACCAAGUUCGAGCUCAUUGCGUACAGCUAUGACUGGAACGGUUCAACAUUCAACAGGGUUCCUUACUUAUUUGUCAUUCCUCCUUUCCCCGACAAAAAAAGCAUAUUGCAGCUGCUAUGCUAUCCCCUCAGCGAGCACCGUAGCAAGACUGCGAAUGUGGAUGCCUCGAACUCCACAGAUGUUGAGACGCUCAAAGCCGACCUGAUCAAGCGAGGCCGGGCGUUCUUUGAAUACUGCAUCGCUGAGAAAGGCAAGCAAACUUUCCGCUACAAAGGAAUGGCAUUCUCUCAGCAAGGCAGUGGUAUAUUCCGCACUGGUUUGUAUGAUGACGACACUGAAUCUCUUUAUUCGCGCAGCUACCGCAGAGGGGAUGACUCCGGAGCUGGGAAAGAUACGGCGUCUGAUAUAGACAGUGUUGUAGUUAUUGAUUUCAAGUCCUACCUCCAGUAUCAAACAGCAGGUACUCCGCUUUUGGGCGAUAUGCAGCGCUUUUCUGGCAUGAGAGAGUGUACUUGCAACGACUGCCGUCAGAAAUUCGAGGAACUAUACAGAUACUCAUGGGACAAGAAGCCUAAGGAUGCGAAGCUGUCAGAUGAGCAGCUCUUGUUGCUUCCUCCAAGAGUUCUUGGUUACGCGCUAACUCAAAAGCGGUGGGUGCAGCUCCGGGUGGAACAAGUGAUGACGCACGGAGACGCAAACGCUCGCAACUUCGAUGACAAGCUUAUACUGAGCGACGACAACAAGUUCCUCAUCAAGAAUGCAGUGAAAUCACACGGAAAGAAGAACAUAAAGGACUUUAUCCAUGGCAAAGGAAAGGGCCUGGUUAUUCUCCUUUGGGGUGUACCUGGCGUGGGAAAGACACUCACCGCAGAGAGCGUUGCCUCUCUGGCUGGGAAGCCCCUCUUCAGCAUAGGUGUCUCAGACAUCGGCAUUGACAGCAAAAAAGUCGAAACGAAUUUGCAGAAGAUAUUCAAUCUUGCAGGAUUGUGGGAAGCAGUGCUGUUAUUCGACGAGGCGGAUGUCUUCUUGGAGGCCAGAGAUGCACGCGGCUCAGACAUGCAACGUAACACAAUGGUGUCUGACAUCGCCAUCGAGUACACUGAUCUUAGUAAUGAUCAACGAUGCAAGAUUUUCGAGGAGUUUCUUGGCCAGCUGAACAAUGAGAAGCCAUCCCUUGUAGAAGAUUACAGCAAGUGUAUGGAGUGGGUGAAUGAAGAAGGCCGCAACAAACCAUUCAACGGGCGUCAAAUCCGGAACAUAGUCUCUACAGCGAUGUCUAUGGCUCAUGCCGAAGGAAAGAAGCUUCAGAGACCCCAUUUGGUCAGGGUAGCACAAAACACCGAAACGUUUAAGAAGGCUCUGCUUGAGCAAGAAGCCGUCUACAAAAACGCUCAGAUUAAGACCCAGUAUGGUGGAUAG